GCUAAAGAUAACACGAAAAUCCCCCAAACCAAAGAUUUUUUUGUUUUUCCACACAAACCAUCCAACGCCAGCCGAUAUCAUCCAAAGGCGGUGAAUACACGCCUUGCACAUUUUUUCGUCUCUGUGGAUCGCUCUGUUUUUCUUAAUAUUUUUUUGUUAAAAACUCAUACAAUUUCGCCGACCACUCAUUUUUAUUGCUUCAAAAACCCUAAAAACUCAAUCGAACCAUAAUAACCAAAAUUGGUGUUUAUCCAGAAAGGAAGCAUUUUGUUUCGAAUUUAAGUUCAAAUCACGAGGAUGGGGUGAAGAAGAAGAUAUACAGGGGGUGAAUUUCGUGAUGGAGUGGGACAGCAACUCGGAUUUGAGUGGAGAAGAAGAUGACGUGUUUGAGGAAGAAGUUGAGGACGAAUUAGAGGAUGGCGAAAAGCUAGGGUUUAUGUUGAGUGGUGGUGGUGCGGCCUUGCCUUUCCCUAUUGACUCGCUAUUGCAACCGGCGCCUUGUGGUUUUGUUGUUACCGAUGCUUUAGAGCCUGACCAUCCAAUUAUAUAUGUCAAUUCUGUCUUUGAGAUGGUCACUGGUUACCGUGCUGAAGAAGUCCUUGGCCGAAACUGUCGCUUCUUGCAAUGUAGAGGUCCAUAUGCCAAACGAAGACAUCCUCUUGUGGACUCAACUGUAGUAGCAGAAAUUAGAAGAUGCAUUGACCAAGGGAUUGAAUUUCAGGGCGAACUGUUAAAUUUUAGAAAAGAUGGAUCUCCCUUGAUGAAUAGACUGCGGAUGACUCCAAUAUAUGGGGAUGAUGAAGCGAUAACUCAUAUUAUUGGUAUUCAGUACUUUAAGGAAGUAAAUAUUGAUUUGGGUCCACUUCCAGGAUCCUUGGUGAAGGAGCAUACAAGACUAUUGGAUAGGUACCGUUCUAGUCUUUCUUCUUGUGGACCAGCCUCAGAAGGAAACCGCACUAUCAAUCGUGGGGUUUGUGGUAUACUGCAGUUGAGUGAUGAGGUCCUAGCGCUCAAAAUUCUCUCACGGUUGACCCCUAGAGAUAUUGCAUCUGUUGGCUCUGUUUCUACACGGCUUUAUGAGCUGACAAAAAAUGAAGAUCUUUGGCGUAUGGUCUGUCAAAAUGCAUGGGGUAGUGAAACAACUCGUGUGUUAGAAGCAGUUCCAGGAGCUAAGAGACUGGGUUGGGGUAGAUUGGCUAGAGAAUUAACUACUCUAGAAGCAGCUGCUUGGAGGAAGUUAAUUGUUGGAGGUGCUGUUGAACCUUCACGUUGCAACUUCAGUGCAUGUGCAGUAGGGAACCGUGUUGUGCUCUUUGGUGGAGAGGGGGUAAACAUGCAACCUAUGAAUGAUACUUUUGUAUUAGACUUGAAUUCCAGCAAUCCAGAGUGGAAAUAUGUCAAAGUCAGUUCUCCUCCUCCUGGACGUUGGGGGCACACACUCUCUUGUGUGAAUGGAUCUCAUCUUGUUGUGUUUGGCGGAUGUGGAAGGCAGGGUCUCUUGAAUGAUGUCUUUGUGUUGGAUUUGGAUGCCAAACAACCAACAUGGCGUGAAAUCUCUAGCUUGGCGCCUCCGCUUCCAAGAUCUUGGCAUAGCUCCUGUACUUUGGAUGGAACCAAGUUGAUAGUCUCUGGUGGUUGUGCAGAUUCUGGUGUACUUCUCAGUGAUACUUUCCUGCUUGAUCUGUCUAUGGAGAAACCUGUGUGGCGUGAGAUACCGGUGACAUGGACUCCACCUUCUCGUUUGGGCCACACACUGUCUGUUUAUGGAGGCAGGAAAAUUCUUAUGUUUGGGGGUCUUGCCAAGAGCGGUCCUCUGCGUUUUCGAUCAAGUGAUGUGUUUACAAUGGAUCUCAGUGAGGAAGAACCCUGCUGGAGAUGUGUUACAGGAAGUGGAAUGCCUGGUGCGGGAAAUCCCGGAGGCGUUGCUCCUCCCCCAAGGCUUGAUCAUGUGGCAGUAAGUCUCCCUGGUGGCAGAGUUCUGGUCUUUGGUGGGUCCGUUGCUGGUCUCCACUCAGCAUCACAGCUUUACAUUUUGGAUCCAACAGAAGAGAAGCCUACAUGGAGGAUAUUGAAUGUGCCUGGUCGGCCUCCAAGAUUUGCUUGGGGACAUAGUACAUGUAUUGUUGGUGGAACUAGAGCAAUAGUCCUCGGAGGUCAAACUGGGGAAGAAUGGAUGCUCGGUGAGCUGCAUGAACUCUCUUUAGCAAGCUCUGUUAUAUGAAUAAAAAGAAAGGUAAUAAUCAAGAGAAGGUGUUGUACUGAAUUCACAAUGAAAAUUUUGCCUCAAGAAUAAAGGGAGUCCCGAGCAAACCUAUUGCAGUGUGGUUUUUGCAUUGCACCAAAUGCACAGUUGAUUAGGAAAGUACCCUUGAGUUGGUGGCUAUAUUGUUUAUUCUUGUGUGUCUCAUAAGCCAUGCUGAGCAUAUGGUCCGAAUUGAGCUUAAUUUUGCAUGGAAUGAUUUCUCUUGAUGCACUUGAAUUAUUCUCCCGUUGAAAGCUUAGGUGUAGCUUGAUAGAUCAGUAGGUUAUUCUGUAUUCUUGGGUUAGUUUGUAUUGUGUAUGGAUGUGUGUGUUGUUCAAGUCCUGUAAUUGGAACCCUUGUGGGCGAACAUGUAAAAAUAGAAAAAGUAAAGGGAAAAAAAGGUAAAGAUUUGCAGUACCAGAUGCAUGGGAGUUUGUAUUAGAUUUACAAAUUACCCCCCUGCUAUGUUUAAUAACAUUUUAUGCCAUGACGUGUUUGUUAUCA